UUUAACAAUUAAAAUUCUCUAUUUUUAGGUAACAGAGUUUCUUUCAAAAAAGAAUCUGCCAGUUAAAGCACUUCUUCUAAUAGAUAAUGCUCCAUCUCAUCCAAGUGAAUUGGAGCUUAAAACAGAGGAUGGAAACAUAAUUGCAAUGUUUUUUCCGCCAAAUGUGACCCCACUAAUCCAGCCAAUGGACCAAAAUGCAAUUAAGAUAACGAAGCUUUACUAUAGAACAAGUCUUUUAGCCAUGAUGGCGGCAAAAAAUUCAGAUUUAGUCAGUUCAAUGAAAACAGUAACAUUAAAGGAUGCUGUUACGUUUCUAGAGAUCGCAUGGAAUAAAGUCAGUACAGACACUAUGGCUAAAUGCUGGAAAAAUCUUUUGAGUUUCACGGAAUCUGAGGAAGAUCCAGAGGAAAAUGUUCCAUUGAGCAUUCUGAAAGCAAAUAUGGAUUCGGAGCUUCAGCUACUAAUGACGCGCGCAGUUGAUGUGCUUAAUGAAUUAAAUCCUCAG